UAGGAGCUCGAUGAGGUGAGAAGUCGUCAGUUGUGAUUCUAUUGCCCCAAUAUGUUGCCACUUCGGGGUGAAUUCUGUGUUAUAGUGCUCUUGACUCUCGCCACCGCUCUCGAUGGGGCGUUUUGGAUGGGCGGCACUCAGCCCACGAGUGAAGUUCACAAGUGCACCAGUGAUUUUGUGGUGAAUCAGAAGAAAAUCUAUGCCCUCUUCCGUCAUAUCUACUCGCCCAGCUGGAAUCCGGUGCUUGAACGGGUGGUGAAGGACUUUAACGUGACAGAUAUGAGUCGCUACAAGGACGAGAAGUUUCCGAAGGUGGUGAUGGAGUUUAUCAGGAGUAUUAUGAAGGGAAGGAUAACGCCGGUGCCAAAGACAUAUCCAUUUGUCUAUCACUUGGAGGAUUGUGUGAGGGAAUUUCACACAGCCUUGGGCUUCUUUAGGAGCGCCAAGGACUUCGAUGGCGCUCUCGAGACUGCCGCGUGGCUGAGGAAUGUGUCCAAUGAGGAGGCAUUCAUGUACGAGUUCUUCACGUUUCUGAUUCACCACGCUGAGGAGGAGUUCCUCCUGCCGCCGCCGUACGAAAUUAAUCCCUUCAAAUACUUCCGAGACGACGUGAUUAGGAAGGCUCAUUUGGCUAAAAUGACGGGUCCUAAUGGGUUCGAAGAUGAGAAUGGCACCUUGGUUAAGUACAUAGACUAUGAGGAAGCGGCAAUUGAUGACUGGGAAGGAGCUUAUACCUACUUCCGCGAAGAUGUUGACUUGAACGCAUACUAUUACCUGUUCCGAUUGUCCUUUGAACCGUCGCUGGAGGAGGAGUACUUUGAAAACACGACCAGGGGAGAGAUUUUCUUGUUUGAGCAUCAGCAGCUCUUGGCGAGAUUCAACUUGGAGAGAAUGGCAGAGGAAAUUGGCGAUGUUGCGCCUGUUUCGUACACGGAUGAGAACAUUUGGGGCUACUAUCCAAUGAUGUCUCAUGCCAAUGGCCUCUCGAUCAUACCAAGACCGUAUCUGUAUGAGGAGAAAUUCGAAGAGGAUGUGAAGAUGGACUUGAUAAGGGAGGAGCAGGGUAUCAGGAAGAUUAUCGAUCAAGGAGGAUUCUGGCAUCCAGGAGGACACUUAUCCUUCCAACGCCCCGGAGGACUCAACUUCUUAGGCAGUUUGAUAGAGGGCAACACUGAGAACAAGAGCAAUUUCCCGAGAUUCUGGCCUCUUCUGCUGAAAUACGUGUCCGGACCGAAAAAGUACCGAACCAGAAAGGAUAAGAGAGACUUUUCAAACGCUCUCGAUCAUCAUGAAACUCAACUUCGCGAUCCUAUUUACUUCCAAGCAAUAGCUAAGCUUGUCUCCAUAGUGAAGAAGCAUCAAGAUAAUCUGCCACCCUAUGAUUUUGAGGCAAAGUUUAUUGAUAUUCUCGAUGCGAAGGUGAGCGAUUUGCGAACGAUGUUCGAAAACAAGAGUGUUGACAUAUCCAAUGCGGUGUUCAUGGAGGAGAAGCAAGACGGCGAAGCUGAGGAAUGGUUUAGAGAUGAAGAUGUGCGAUUCAAAGUGAAUCUCAAGGUGUUGACACACAUUCCAUUCUACUACGAUCUCAAGGUGCACGCCGACAAUCCCACAGACGCUGUCGUGAGAGUCUUCCUAGGGCCGAACGAUGAGGAGGCGGAGAGGAUUGAUCUGUACAAUUGGGAUGAGAACCGAGCGAACUUCUUCCAGAUCGACUACUAUCCGGUGAAACUGCAGCGCGGAGAUAAUAAGGUGAUGAGGAAGAGCAGCGCCUUCACUGGAUUUGGCACUGGCUUCAAGUCUUUCGAAGAGUUGUCCAUGAUGGAUGAUGAGGAGUGCUUGACUGUAAGCAGCAAGGAUGCCUUCUGUGCCUUCCCUGAGCGCCUGAUGCUGCCCAAGUCCUCAGUUUUCGGCACAGAUUACGUCUUGUACUUUGUGGUGACGCCAACUGAAGAGGAUCUCGACGAGAUUCAACCCACGAGAUUCUGCAGCAUUGGAAAAGCACCGCCAAAGGCUGAUCACUGGCCGAUUGGCUUCCCAUUCAACAGGAAGAUCAACAAUGAGAACUUUAUCGUGAAGAAUAGUUUGGCUAAGAAGGUCACAAUAUAUCACAGUGAGAAUUGAGGCGAACAUUUCGCAAUGGUGUUGGGAUAAAAGUGUUUUUUUUUUCUUCUUUCUUUCUUCUCUGCAAUUGAACUUGUGGGAAAUUGGGAUCAAUAGUUGGACAUUUAACCUCAUUCUGCGGAGACCCUUCUGCACUUUGUGUUUUCGCUCAAUAAUGAUAUGGUAAUUAAUCAAAUAAAGUACACCGAUUAUUGCACAAUG